AUGGCAAUGGCAGGACAAGUGUCUCUCACCGAUGUGAAUGAUGGAUCUCCCACCGGGGUGCCCAAGAUUGACUGUGACAGCAAAUCAAGCAAUGCUGAAGACCAGACGACAGCACAAAAAGUCCACGUGAAUAGUUGUGACCAGUGUGACUAUUCAGCUACACAGAAACCCAGUCUGGACAAGCAUAUAGCAGAAAAUCACACAGGUGAAAAACCCUACAAGUGUGACCAGUGCGAUUUUUCUGCAAUGCAGAAAUCCCACAUUGACUACCAUAUAGCAACAAAGCACACUGGUGAGAAACCCUACAUGUGUGGAGAGUGCGGGUAUAGGACAGUUCUAAAGUAUACCUUAUCCACACAUAUGAAAAUCCACACUGGAGAAAAACCCUUCAAGUGUGACCAGUGCGAUUUUUCUGCAAUACAGAAAUCCCACAUGGACUAUCAUAAAGCAACAAAGCACAUUGGUGAGAAACCCUACAUGUGUAGUGAGUGCGGCUACAGGACAGUUCAAAAGUCUAAGUUAUCACGACAUAUGAAAACCCAUACAGGGGAAAAACCCUACAACGCGGAAAUCCACUUUGGACAACCAUAUGGCAGCAAGGCACACUGGAGAGAAAUCCUAAAGUGUGACCAGUGUAACUAUUCUGCAUCACUGAAAGCCAAUCUAGACAACCAUACAGCAGCAAAACACAUAGGUGAAAAACCCUACAUGUGUGCACAGAAAACCACUUUAAACGAGCAUCGCACAAAACACAAGGGUGAGAAACCCUACAUGUGUGGAGAGUCUGGGCACAGGUUCGACAUGGCAACCGUAGAACGUCAAGCCCCCAACGAAAGCAAUGUAGGUUCUCCCACCGUGGUUUCGCCUGUUGCCUCUGGCAGCAAAAGAAGUGACGCAGAAGACGUAAUGGCAGCCGAGAAAGUCAACUUAAACAACGUUGGUGAGAAACCCUACAUGUGUGGGCAGUUUGGGCACAAGGCAUCUUAUUCAUGUAGGCGUUACCUGUACCGACACAUGAUAACCCAUACAGGAGAAAAUGUCUACAAGUGUGACCAGUUUGACGAUUCUACAACAAAGAAAUCGACUUUUGAGAACCAUUUCACAAGACACAGCGGUGAAAAACUCUAUAUGUGCGAGGAGUGUGGGUACAGGGCAUCUCUUAGGAGAACCUAUGCAGGUGAACAUCCGUAUAAAUGUGGCCAGUCUGACUAA